AUGUUUGGUUUACUCUUUGUUACUCUCAUUUCAUUGAGCAGUGCUAUUAACUUUGAUAAAUGGAUGGCAAAAAAUAAUCAAAAAUUCAAAGGAGUUGAAUUAUUAAGAAGAAGAGCUAUCUUUAAUAUGAACUCUAUGUUUGUUGCCAAAUUUAACCAACAACAUAAUUUCCAAUUAUCUGUUGAUGGUCCAUAUGCUGCCAUGACUAAUACUGAAUAUAAUGCUUUAUUAAAGGCUAUAACUGUUAAGAAUGUUGAUGCCCCAGUUAGAAAAGCUGUUAAAGGAGAUAUUCCAGCCGCUGUUGAUUGGAGAGCUGAAGGAAAAGUUACUCCAGUUAGAGACCAAGCCCAAUGUGGUUCAUGUUAUUCAUUUGGGUCUCUUGCUGCUAUUGAAUCAAGAUUAUUGAUUGGUGGUUCUCAAACUUAUAAUGCUGAUAAUCUUGACCUUUCUGAACAACAAAUA